GUAUCGAAUCUACCAUCAUACAUGUAGUCAUUGGGGUGGCUUCAUGAACAGUACCGUCACGAUUGAAAUGUAAGUGGUUGACUGGUUGGUGCAAGGCUGCCGCCCCUGGAGAGUUACCUAGGUACUUCUUCCUUGACUGAGCCGAUGUACCGGUACCUAUCCAAUCAACAGUGGAGGCACCGUUGAUUGACUGGCGCCAAAAUGGCUAUAUCCACCUUAUCUGGUCAGCCUUCCAAAAGACAUCAUCUCUCUACCGUUGCUGGAACCUACCAACCUUGUCCAUAGUAAUGCCUAAUGGCAUUGGCCACGGAUCGUAGAACCCCACUGUUCAUACCGCUACCUACCGCCUCCUAGGUGCCCAUACAUGAUAACCUGCCCAUCGUCAUCUGGCUUCUACAAAUCCCCUUUUCUCCUCUCGACCCUGCGCCUCGAACCCUUCGCUGAUAAAGGACCAUGUCUCGGCGACCCCCUAACCCUGCUGCCGAAAGGGCUGCUCAGAACCAGCAAACCAUCAAGAGUCUUUUGAAAUUAGAGCCCAACAAAGUAUGCGCCGACUGCAAGCGCAACAAGCACCCUCGAUGGGCCAGCUGGAACCUCGGCAUAUUCAUCUGCAUUCGUUGCUCCGGCAUCCAUCGCGGCAUGGGCACCCACAUUUCACGUGUGAAGUCGGUCGAUCUGGAUUCGUGGACAGAUGAACAGUUACAGAGCAUUCUAAGCUGGGGCAACGCGCGCGCCAACAAAUACUGGGAAUCCAAGUUGGCGGCUGGCCAUGUGCCCUCUGAAGCGAAGAUCGAGAAUUUCAUAAGAACCAAGUAUGAGCUCAAGCGGUGGGCCAUGGAUGGCCCUAUGCCUAACCCCGCCGACCUUGAUGUCGAAAACGACGACGAGGUCCCUUUAAGCCUUGUCAAAGAAAAGCAAACAAUCGAACGGAAAGUCUCGUUACGAAGCCAGCCCGCUGCUCAAAUUACGAGCCCUCAAGCGCAAUCUCAGGGGGAUCUUAUUGGUGACAACGACAUUCCGCCGAGAGCUAGCACAGCCGUUCCGCCCCCUCACCAACGAGUGCCACCCAAGGCCUCGCCGGCUCCAGCGAAGGCUGCGAAUCCCAAAGACUCUCUCUUCGGCCUCGAUUUUCUGGGCGAGGCACCUACUGCUCCCCCUAGGCCUGCGAGCACAACAGGGACAAGUAGCAAGGGAGGCCAAUCCCGGCCGGACCUCAAGCAAUCCAUUCUAUCCCUCUAUGCUUCGGCGCCGCGACCACAACCACCGGCUCAGCAAAAAGGACAUUCUUCCACUGGGUCAUUCGGUGGAGGGUUUGGUUCCAUGCAAAGCCCCCCUGUUGGACAUCAGCAGCAAGCUUCCACCAGCGGAGGACUCAAUGACGCCUUUGCUAGCUUGAGCUUUGGAAAUGCGGCGUCGCAGAAGAGCCCACAGAGGGACGCUUUUGCUGGUUUGACAAGUAUGUCGAGUAACCGAUCCCCCCCACCGCCUACCAAUUCCGCUUUUUCUAGCCUUGGUGGCGGUAGUUUCUUUGACACCAAGCCUGCCCAGCCCGCAGUGCAACAACAAAGUAAGCCAUCUAUGGUCUCGACAGACAGCUUCGGCGGCUUCGGCUCUGCUGGCACAUCUACCAAACCUGCUCAGUCAUCAUCUUCUGGUCUAGGAGAUCUUUUUGAUUGGUCGAGCCCUUCUCAACCAGCUGUCACUCCACAGACAGCGCCCAAGCCAGCCCCAGCUCCUACCUCGACCUCGAGCUCCGUUUUCAAUCUCUCAGCAGCCCAACCUAAGCCAGCGGCUGCCGCCACCGCAACUCCUUCAGCUUCAAUUACCACAUCCGAUGCAGAUGUGUGGGGCAAUGCGUGGGGCAAUCCCGAACCGACCCCUUCAGCGGGCUUGAAGAGCCCGGCGAUCGCGAGACCCGCGGUGCCUAGCACUAACGAUGACUUUGGCGCAUGGGGCAGCAGUACCAGUGGCUCGUUCGCCAACCAGAGUAUAGUGCCCGGCGCUUCAGGCGGAUUUGCGCCUGCACCCACGGUCGCAGCCGACGAGGAGUUCGGUGGCUGGACGAGCAGCACCGGAGGUAACACCAACAGCACGGCCGGAAAGCCCGCUGGUGGCUUUGGAAACGACGACCUCUUCUCCAACGUUUGGCAGUAAUUCACUGGGAGGGUCUGUUCAAGAACGAACACAAUGACGAUGUUCAUAGUCAUAUAGCCCACCUCUAAUAUGUCACAAAAGGAAGAAGGAAAAGUCUUUGCUUACAACACGACACUAGGGGGUUUUUUGCUAUUGGAAAUCCAAGAACCCUUGUCAUCAUUCAGGUUGGCGAGAAAACCCGACGAUGAUGCCUUUUUGUAGACGGACGUGCUUGCAUGCAUGCAUGCAUGUUAUAUCUCAGUAUAUACCAAUUCUCACGAGAUUAAAAAAUGUGUAAAUGAACAAGAGACAGAGGCAGGCGUGCGGGCGGGACUUGAGAUGGUGGAUUAAGUAGCAUCAUAGCGCCAUAUAGAAAUUCAAUUAUUUACGACUUAAAUAUGAUAAUAAGAU